GCCCUGCAAGGCUGCAAGUUGCAUCACGCAAUUAAAACGCAACACCUUCACUGGCUAACUCAUGUAUUCGAUUUGACCACCCUCAUUAGUCAUUACUUAGAUCUCUGCUCCCUUUCCCUGGAGUUGAACCGACGAAGAUGCAAGAUCAAAACACCGAACCCUAAUUAGAUUGAAGUUUUAUGCACAUUUUACCGGCUGGAAGAGCUCAAGGAGUAGUUAUUUGCAGGGACUGGGCAGUUGUGUUUUGACAACUAGAGUUAUUUGGCGGGGAUUUGCAAGAUGCAGCACGUUCCUGCUACAAUAGAAGACCAACUGACGAUCAAGGCUAUCAAGGAAGAAUGCCCCUGGGAAAGUCUUCCAAAGCGGCUUCAAGCUUCGUUGAAUUCCAGAGAAGAAUGGCAUAGAAGGAUAAUCGAACAUUGCAUAAAGACGAGGCUCCAAUGGAACACGUGUUUUGCUCGAAAAGUAUGCAGAGAAAGUGAAUACUAUGAAGAACUGAUGCGUUAUCUGCGAAGAAAUUUAGCGUUGUUUCCAUAUCACCUUGCGGAGUAUGUUUGCCGCGUGAUGAGGGUGUCUCCUUUCAGAUACUACUGCGAUAUGAUAUUUGAAGUCAUGAAAAAUGGUUUUCCAGGGUAGUGGUUACUCAAAUCU